AUGCCGUCUUCUGUCGCGGCACACACCAUCCCGCCCUUCUACGCCUGCUACUUUCUGCGCUCCCUCUCGGUCCCCGGCUCGACCUACAUCGGCUCGACCCCCUCGCCACCACGGCGCAAGCGACAGCACAAUGGAGAGCUCACUCAGGGUGCAUCCCGCACGAUCCGAUCCCGCCCCUGGGAGAUGGAAUGCAUCGUAUACGGCUUCAGCUCCAAGAUUGCCGCCCUCCAGUUUGAAUGGGCGUGGGCCAAGCCCCACCUCUCUCGCCACCUCCGCACCUCGGCCCACGCACUUGGCGCCGCAGAGCCUAUCGAAUCCACAGCGCCUUCCACGCCGCUCUUCCCACCGGUCGGCAUCGUAAAGACUGGACGGCGCAAGACCAAACGGCCAAAGCCACCCGCUUCACCCAACGCUCGCCUGCUCGUCCUCCGCGCUCUCUUGCGGUCUGAGCCCUUCAGCGGCUGGGGACUUCGCGUGGCUUUCUUCACCGAAUGGAGCUGGGCCGCCUUCCAGCUGCUCGAAAGGGCAAGGGAUGGCAUCAUAGCUGCCGACGGUCAGGCCGGGCCGUCACGGCUCAGCGGCAGCCGAGCAGGUCGUCUACUCCAUCCCGCCUAUCCAGCGGUGGUGUGCGACUUCACAGGGGUCGAUGGGAAGCGGAAACCCGUGUCCGCUAUGUCGGCUGAAGAGAGGAAAGUGAUAGGCGUCAAGGGCAUCGAAGAAGCCGGCUCCAAGGCUGGCAAGAAAGCAAUCAAGAAGGCGAAAGAGGGUCGAGCUUCGGGGUUCAUCGAGGAGCUACCAGACGGCGCCAACGUCAAAGGGAUCGGCUUGACACUACAGGCACUCGAGGAUGCACCCCUACCAGCGCCAUCCGUACCUGCUGACGGGCGCAUCCUGAUCAAGAAGAAGCGGCGGUCAAAGGCGCAAGUGCAGGAGGACAACCUGGAUGCGCAGGAAGAGCCUCAGUCGUCUCGGGCGUGGCCCUCGAUGCGAUUCAAUGAUGCGGAUCUCACCGAGCUGCAGUGGGCGCGUUUCGAGGAUGUGCUCAGUGCGCAUGGUUUCACCGCCGAUGAGCUCCUCGACAUCUACAAGGCUGCCUCCAGCUCCACUUUGAAGGGCCGCCCAGCCAAGGGCAAAGUCAGCUGCGGCAUCUGUCAGGGUGCUGUGGAUGUCACUGAUACCCUCUCAUACAGUCUGUGCCCUCAGCCACAUGCUCGGCUUCAGCCUCGUUCCGCCAUCGAGCUUCGGACAUCCGGCAGCAGCGACCAGGGCGUCGGCGACCACCAUUGCAAGUCGUUCUUCCAUCUGAAGUGCCUGGCCGAGCACUUCCUUCGAAGCGAGGCGGGUGGAAUUGAUCAAGACGCCUUCAUCCUUCCCGCCCACGGAUGUUGUCCAAGCCCACAACACGAGGCCCCCAGCUCGAAAGCAGAGCCGGUCUACUGGGCCGAUGUGGUGCGCGGAGUAUACCGGCGCCGGGACAGGCUCGAGUUGCUGCUCGCGGUCCGCGAGAAGCGAGCCGCCGCCCUUCCAGAUCCUGCGGCCAUGUUUGCGGACGACGACGACGAUGACGAUGACGAUGCAGAAGAAGAAGACGAUGACGAUGAGGAAGAAGACGAAGGCGAUGGUGACGAGGUCGGCGGCGACUCGCAAUGCGACGGUUCGGACAGGAAUGCGAUAAAAGCGCCUCCCCCGUCGGUCAAGAACAAGCGAACCACCAAGCCAAGGGCAUCCAACAAGGCUACACCCUCCGCAAAGAAGAGCAGCCCGUCUGCAAAGCCGACAAACGCAAGAAGAGGCCGGCAGCCGAAACCAGCAACUGCCGCUCGAGGUGGGACGAGGGAGACGCGCGUCACCCUCUCGAGCAGCCCGGAAGUCUCCGAAGGAGACGAUGAUGGCCAGACUUCAGACAUGCCGCCCAUGUCGCCGGUGCUGGACGAAGAUACCCGAGACGCCGCUGCGAGCAUCCUCGCCACUAAGGCGGCUGCCAGUACUCUUAGCUUCACGGUCGAGGAGGCGCCCAGCCCUCUGCCGCGAAGAUCCAACAGGAAGCGCAAGUCGACUGGCGAGGGUGUCAUUGAUCUCACGUAG